GCUCCCAUUUGGUCCAUUUCUCGCAUCCCUCUCCUGAUCCCUCGCUUUUUGCACCACGCCACCCGAUUCGCCACCGCGCCGGCGCGCCGCCGAUCUGAGCACGAGAGAAUGGCUUCCCAGUCGCCACAGUCGCGGGGCGUCGCGGAGCCCAUCUCGCUCGUCGGCCCGACGCCGGCCGACCUGGAGAGCACGGCGCGGCUGGAGAGGCUCCUCCGCGAGGAGGGCCUGUACGAGAGCGCCGAGGAGACGGCGGCCCGGGAGGAGGUGCUCCGCGGCCUCCGCGGCGUCGUCGACCGCUGGGUGAAGCGCCUCACGCGGCAGCGCGGGUACCCCGACGGCAUGGCCGACCGGGCCACCGCCCUGGUGCUCCCCUUCGGCUCCUACCGCCUCGGCGUCCACGGCCGCGGCUCCGACAUCGACGCGCUCGUCGUCGGCCCGUCCUACGUCGACUGCGACCGCGACUUCUUCGGCGCGCUCGCCACCGCGCUGGCGGAGACGGCGGCCGUCGCCGAGCUCCAGCCCGUGCCCGGCGCGCACGUUCCCGUGAUCAAGAUGAGGUUCCACGGCGUGCAGGUGGACCUCGUGUACGCCGGCGUGUGCCUCCCCGUGGUGCCCGGCGACCUGGACCUCAGCGGCCGGUCGGUGCUCCGCGGCCUCGACCUCGCCACCGCGCGCAGCCUCAACGGCGUCCGCGUGGCCGACGAGAUCCUGCGGCUGGUCCCGGACGCCACCGCGUUCCGCACCACGCUGCGGUGCGUGAAGCACUGGGCCAAGGCGCGGGGCGUCUACUCCAACGUCGCGGGCUUCCUCGGCGGCGUCGGCUGGGCCAUCCUCGUGGCGUGCGUGUGCUUGCUCUACCCCAACGCCUCCCCCAGCAUGCUGCUCCCGCGCUUCUUCCGCGUCUUCGCGCGGUGGAAGUGGCCCAGCCCGGUGAUGCUGCGCGCCAUCGAGCACGACGACGGCGAGCUCGGCCUCAGCCUCCCGGUCUGGGACCCCCGCCGGAAUCCGCGGGACAAGAUACACCUCAUGCCCAUCGUGACGCCGGCGUACCCGUGCAUGAACUCCGGCUACAACGUCUCGCACGCCACCCUGCGCGUCAUCACCGAGCAGCUCGCCGUCGGCGACGCCGUCUGCCAGGAGAUCGUCAAGGCCGGCAGCGGCGGCGGCGGGUGGGACAAGCUGUUCCAGCCGUUCAACUUCUUCGGCGCGUACAAGAGCUACCUCCAGGUGGACGUGACGGUGACCGGCGGGGAGGAGGACGACCUCCGCGAGUGGAAGGGCUGGGUGGAGUCGCGGCUGAGGCUGCUGUCGGCCAGGGUGGAGGCGGACACGUCCGGGAUGCUGCUCUGCCACCUGCACCCGCAGCCGUACGCCGCCGAGCCCCACAACGAGCCGCGGCGGCGGCGGCGCACGUCGUCCUUCUUCGUGGGCUUGUCCAAGCCACCGGCGCAGCCGCAGCAGCAGCAGCAUCAGCUGUUCGACCUCCGCGCGACGACAGAGGGGUUCAAGGAGGAGGUGUACAUGUACGACUACUGGAGGCCCGGCAUGGAGGUCGCGGUGGCGCACGUCCGCCGGAAGGACCUGCCGUCCUACGUGCUGCGGCAGCUGCUUCGCUCGCCUGGCCGCCAUGAUCAGCUCAAGAGGAAGCGCGCCGACGAUGAUCCGUCUUCUUCCCCUGCUGCUUCCGAUCACUCCGCUUCGAGCUCGAGCAGCAGGGACGCCAAGAGGCCGGCGGCUGCGCCGGGCAGGAUCGGAUCGUCGUUUGAGAAGAAGACGUAGAGCUGCUCCGAUUCCAGUAAAUGCUCUUCUCAGCAGCGGCAUUGGUGCUUCAAGAUCAGAAUCCAGAAAGCAUCGUCUGACUGAGUCGCAAGCCAUCAGUCUGACGAGUCCUAGCUUAGCACUCGCUUUGUAAUUGAUCAAGAAAAGGUCUUCUAGCUGGGACAGCUUCCUGUAAUUAAUAUAUUCACUGUAUUAAGUGUGUACAGAGUGCAGAAAAGUGAAGCAUCAAACUUGUGUUGUCGGUUCUGAUAUCUCACCACUGUAAUGCAUGAUAUAUUGAUAUAUCAGAAUGAAUCAUCCAACUUGUAUCUUCAGUACAUUAAUAAAUAUUUUUUUUUCAUGCUUA